CCGGCCGGGGCGCGUUGAGCUGGGGCGGUGCUGGUGUCGAGGCAGCGAUGCGGGAGGUGGCUGGGAAGUGGCGGCCUCUGGUCGCCGUCCUGCUGUUACUGCUGCCGCCGCUACUGCUCGGAGUGGCGAAGUCGGCGCGCUGGGCUGGGCAUCGCUACACGCCCGACUGGCGGAGCCUGGACUCCCGGCCGCUGCCGGCCUGGUUCGACGAGGCCAAGUUCGGGGUGUUCGUGCACUGGGGCGUGUUCUCGGUGCCCGCCUGGGGCAGCGAGUGGUUCUGGUGGCACUGGCAGGGCGAGGGGCUGCCCCAGUACCGGCGCUUCAUGAGCGAGAACUACCCGCCCGGCUUCAGCUACGCCGACUUCGGGCCGGAGUUCACGGCGCGGUUCUUCGAGCCGGAUAAGUGGGCCGACCUCUUCCAGGCCGCGGGGGCCAAGUAUGUGGUCUUCACGACAAAACAUCAUGAAGGCUUCACAAACUGGCCAAGUCCUGUGUCUUGGAACUGGAACUCUAAGGACGUGGGCCCCCAUCGUGAUUUGGUUGGUGAGUUGGGAGCAGCUGUCCGGAAUAGGAACUUGCGCUACGGCCUCUACCACUCACUCUUAGAGUGGUUCCAUCCACUUUACCAACUGGAUAAGAAAAAUGGCUUCAAAACUCAGAAUUUUGUCAAUGUGAAAACAAUGCCAGAGCUCUACCACCUUGUUAACACCUACAAGCCGGAUCUCAUCUGGUCCGAUGGCGAGUGGGAGUCUCCCGAUACUUACUGGAACUCCACGGGUUUUCUCUCUUGGCUCUACAAUGACAGCCCCAUCAAGGCUAAGGUGGUGGUCAAUGAUCGGUGGGGUAAGAACUCUUCCUGCCACCACGGCGGGUACUACAACUGUCAGGACAAGUUCAGGCCGCAGCACCUGCUGGGCCACAAGUGGGAGAUGUGCACCAGCAUCGACAAGACUUCCUGGGGCUAUCGCCGCGACAUGACCAUGGCCGACAUCACCAGCGAAUCUGAGAUCAUUUGGGAGCUGGUUCAGACAAUAAGUUUGGGAGGCAACUAUCUUCUCAACAUCGGACCAACUAAAGAUGGACUGAUCCCUCCCAUCUUCCAAGAAAGGCUUCAUAGUAUUGGCAGGUGGCUGAAUGUCAACGGGGAGGCCAUCUAUGCCUCCAAACCAUGGCGGGUACAAUUCGAAAAUAACUCGUCUGUGUGGUAUACCUCACAGGAAUUAGCGGUUUAUGCCAUUUUUUUACGUUGGCCAGAAAAUGGAAUCCUAAACCUUGUAUCCCCCGUAACCACAUCGGCUACGAAAAUAACGAUGCUAGGAAUACAGGGAGAUCUGAAAUGGGUCGAACGUCAGGAAGAAGGUCUCCUCAUCUCUCUGCCCCUGUUGCUGCCCUCUGCUCUCCCAGUGGGGUCUGCUUGGACUAUAAAGCUGAGAGGAGUGGAGUGAUCGUAGGAGUUCAUGUGAUGUAGGGACUCCGCCUGCUGGUUGCUUUGAUUUUCUUCUUAUAGUACCGUCAUUACAAUAAAGUAAUUUCUUCCCCACCCAGAGA